UGGGUGAGGAGCCGAGGACAGACCAACCCCACAGCCUGCAGGGUGCCAGUGUGCCCGCGAGACAGCCCUGGGGGUUGAGCACCGUCGCCUCAGCGGUGCCCUGCCGCCGGGGCGGGGAGAAGGCCGGGCUGCCAGCUCCGUCGCCCGGAAGGACGGUGUCUGUCUGUCCCGUGACCGCAGUCCAGCCAGAGCCGCCGCGCCGCUGCCCGCCUCAGCCAGGGGCUGGCGGGGGGAGCCGCUAUGGCGGCAGACGCCCCCGGCACUUUCCCGGUUCAGCUGGUGGAGCAGCCCAGAUUGCAGAAGCUGAAGGAGACAUUUAUAUCAAAAUUUGGAUCGGCUCCCAAGUUUUAUGUUCGUGCACCAGGGCGAGUCAACUUAAUAGGAGAACACAUAGACUACUGUGGUUACGCCGUGCUCCCUAUGGCUAUAGAACAGGAUAUACUGAUUGCAGUAGACCCUGUAAAAACUCAAGUUGUGCAACUGGCAAAUAUCAAUUCUUUGUACUUGGAUUUCAGUACCAGUGUUAAUAACAUUCAGAUUAACAAAACCAAACCUCAAUGGCAUAACUACUUCCUGUGUGGACUGAAGGGUAUUCAGGAACAUUUUGGUCUUAAUAACCCAACUGGAAUGAAUUGUCUGCUAGAUGGAACCAUCCCUCCAAGUUCUGGUCUCUCUAGCUCCAGUGCUUUGGUGUGCUGUGCAGGACUCGUGACACUAAGAGCUAAUGGAAAAACCCUCUCUAAGGUAGAACUUGCAGAAAUUUGCACAAAGAGCGAACGUUAUAUUGGCACAGAAGGUGGAGGAAUGGACCAGUCGAUCUCUUUUCUGGCAGAAGAAGGAACUGCCAAGUUGAUAGAGUUCAGUCCUCUGAAGGCAACUGAUGUUAGACUUCCAAGUGGAGCAGCGUUUGUUAUUGCUAACAGUUGUGUUGAAAUGAAUAAAGCAGCAACUUCUCAUUACAAUAUUAGGGUAAUGGAGUGUCGUCUGGCUACAAAGCUUCUCUCCAAGUCAAAAGACUUGGACUGGAAAACAAUGUUGAGACUCCAUGAUGUGCAAACCAAGCUAGGAGUUAGCCUGGCGGAAAUGCUGACCAUUGUUGAGGACGUAUUACAUCCUGAGCCUUACAGCACAGAGGAAAUUUGUAAAUGCCUGGGAAUUAGCCUGGAGGAGCUCCGCUCUCAGAUCCUUAGUCAAAACACGCAAGAUGUUUCCACCUUUAAGUUAUACCAGCGUGCAAAGCAUGUGUAUAGUGAAGCUGCCAGAGUGCUGGAAUUUCAGAAGAUAUGCAACGAAGCACCUGCCAAUGCACUCCAGCUGCUGGGGGAACUAAUGAACCAGAGCUAUAUCAGCUGCAGGGAAAUGUAUGAAUGCAGCUGUCCUGAACUGGAUCGGCUGGUAGACAUCUGCCUGCAAUUUGGGGCCAUUGGGUCACGCCUGACUGGAGCUGGAUGGGGUGGCUGCACUGUGUCAAUGGUGCCUACUGACAAGCUGAAUACUUUCCUAAAAAAUGUAAAAAAAGCUUAUUACCAAACCGAUGUCCAAAGGUUAGCACUGGAGAAUAAUAGUCUGUUUGCUACCAAACCUGGAAGAGGAGCUUUGGUUUUUGUUGAGGCCUAAAGAAGGUAAAAAUUUUAAAGAAAAUAUGUAGGGCAUUUAGAACUGGCAGUACUUCCCAUGCCACAGCAAAUUGAAUGCCUUUUCGGGGUUUUACUGCAAUGACCAGUUGCUAUUAUCAAAAUACAUUCCUGAUAGAAGCAACUAAAAGAAAACUCUGUGAUUAUAAAGUCUUUUUUUUUUCCAUACUAAAAAUAUCUUUCAGUGUAAACUUUGAUUUACAAAACCUAUUAACAAGGAAAACGGAAAUUGAAAUAAAGACAAUACUUUGUUACAGUGCAUCUCUCUCCUAUCUCCUUUACUGCCAUCAAAGUAAGACCAGGUGGAGCAAUGAGCUAUUUCAUUGGAGGUAGGAACCUUGCAAUGUUUGCAGGGCUGUUCAGUGCUUAUUCUCUUCAGGUACUGGAUAUUCUUUUGUUUAGAGUCUGCUGUAAAAAUGGAAGAUUAAACUGAAGCAUUCAAAAAUCGGACGGACCUUGCCAGACAUUAGAAGUUUUAUACUCUCCUCAAAUAGCAUUAUUACUGUUGUAAUUAAUGAUAAUAAUGGAGGAGCACCUAAAGGCCAAGUAAAACAUUAGGAAUAUAUUAUGUUAAGGAGGAAAACCUUCUAGCUAUGUUUUUGAUGUAUCCUUCUGUAAGGGUGACUCGUUACAAAAGUUUCAACAAAAAUGAAUGCUGUCUCUGAGCUGCACAAUAUGACAACAUACUCCCCUAAGUGAAUGAAUAAUGAAGCAAAGUUUGGUUCUGAGUUACCCAAACACCAUGUUCUAAUUGUUGAAUCCUAGCUGUGCUUCUAUAAGGUAGAAUUUUUGCAUUUUUAUGCAAAACUAUUACAAAGGAUUAAAUAUAAUCCAAUGACCAUUUAAAAAAGCAAUUAAAAUCUGUAAGGAAUAAUUAAGAAGAUAAUUCACUUGGUUGUACUAAGCAAAAGUAAAUAGGUAAGACCAAGAGUAAAUGUCAUUGACAAACUCCAGUCUUGCUCCCACUUUACACUCCUGACAACCUCAGGGCUGUAACUGCAAAGCCCUGCAAGUACAGCAUCCACAAUUCAUGGGUCAUCUCCUCAGCAGAAGUGACUGUUUGCAGAAAGAGGUGACUCUGCAUCAAGAUACCCCAUAGAUGUCCAAACCCAGCUUCCACGUGGAGAAUUAGGUUCCAGUGUCCUCACUCUCAUAGUGCGCAAACUUCCACACCUACAGUGAAAACUGAUGUUUUGCUAGCGUCAUAACCUUUGCAGCCAUAAAAGACGUAGCAAGGUUUGUCCCUGUGUGCAUUUUUGUGACGCUAAGCACAAGUUAAUGUCUAGAAGUCUGCAUCAAAUUAGAGAUCUCAGAAGGGAUCCUCUGUACGUUACCCAUGCUAAUUCAGGCCAAAACCAAAUUCUUAGAGGCUACUAAUUCUGUGAGAGGACUGUGCCAGAUUUGAACACAGCAGAUGAACAAGAGCCAACACAAGCUGCCAGAUCUUUUCAGGAACCUCAGAGGGGACAUAUAAUGGUAAUACUAUCACUAGACAAGAUCUCUGUUUUCUGACAACCAGGAAAAGGGGAACAGAGAGAUCAAGCAAAUCAAGAACUCCAGAGAGGAAAAGGAUGGGGCUGGACAUGAUGGGGAGAGGUGAAAAAAUGAGAUUUGGAGGGAGGAAAGUUAAAAGGAUGCAUUUGAGAAGAGGAAAGCAAGGGUUAAGGGAGACAGUUUCGAACAAGAGGCAGAAUUAUAGAAAGGUUUAAUCCCAAAACAUUUGCUAUCUAUGGAAAUUGAUUAUCUUGUAACCCAUUUGCAAUGUACACUAGAUACGUUGUACAUUAAACUAAACCUGUAAACAUAGGACUCCAAAAAAAUCAAACAACAGUAGGUAAAUAUCUUCAAGAAUCUCCAAGAUAACCUUAGAGACUGUAAAGAAAAUAAUGCCAUGCCAUGGUUUGUUACCGACUUACUAGAUACAAUCCUCAGUUUAAUUUGGCAAGUUCCUGUUCAAUAUCCUGUCAUAAAAAUGGAGUACAACACAGUACAUACCAAUCCUUUCAUUAAUAUAUUUGCAUUGAACUUUAGUUCAGCUGGAUUCAUGGAAGCACUAGUCAGGGUGGGAGCAGAAUAAAGAUAUAGUAGGGGCUUUUUUUCCUUCUUAAAAAGAACAUGACACACAAAGUCAUGGAAUCUUCCCAAAAACAUGCAGGCUGCAGUACAUUUCAAAGUCUCUCUGUCAAUGAAUCUUAUAAAUUAUAUUCUCAUAAACAAAGAAAUGGAAAAUAGAAAACUGGCACUGUAUAAAAAGAAUAAAACUGAAUGUUC